CAACUGCCCUCCUGCACCACCCAACGCCCUGGCCCCCGAGCCGCGUGCUCGGGAUCUUAUAUCACUCAUACCUCCCUCUCCGCCCGGCCCCGUCCACACCUCCUCGCACUGCCGGCGCGACGCUCUCACACCACCAUGUCGAAGACUCCGCCCGCUUUUGUGGUCGAUGCAACGGACCAUGGGGGCGUUGCCGUGAUUGUGUCGACGCUGCUCAUGACAUGGAGCGUUUUGUGUUUCUUGAUCCGCAUCUACACGCGCCAGGGUGCCAGCAACUUGAGCGUCGACGAUUGGUUGUGUCUUGCGGCAACCGUGAUUGCAGUCCUCCAGACAAUCGUGACCUGCGUAGGAGUUGAUGCAGGCCUUGGGAAGGCACAAAGCCUUCUGUCAGCGGGUCAAUUAGACACAGUCGAGAAGUACGCAUAUGCCGUUGUCUUGCUGUGCAUCCUGGUCAUCUACCUCACCAAAGCCUCCAUGCUCUUCUUCCACCUCCGCAUCACUCCUCGCAAGGACCACCAAAAGGUCGUUUGGGGCCUUCUGGGCCUGGUUUCCGCCGUCGGUAUCGCCUCCUUCAUCCUCGAGGCUGCUCGCUGCGACGCUACGAUGCCAUGGAACAUCUUCACGCGGCAAUGUCUAGACUACAAGCCAAUCUGGGCCGCCGUCGCAGCCAUGGACAUCGCCACCGAGAUCCUCCUCUUCGCCAUGCCCAUCUGGAUCGUCUGGGACCUGCAGAUGAUCCUAAGCACCAAGCUCCUCAUCUGCGCGACCUUUGCUCUUCGCCUGCCCGUCAUCGCCGCCGCCGCCGCCCACCUCUGGCACGUCGACCACUUCCUCAACUCCCCCCGCCCCACAGUCGCCUACAUCAUCCCCUUCAUCAUCCUGCAAGUCGAAACGCACUACGCCACCAUGUCCAGCACCUUCCCCUGCAUCGGCCCCUUCAUGAAGAACCUCAACACCCGCAUGGGCACCAUGGGCCCCGAAGAGGCAGGCGCGUACGCGCUGGAAUCCACGCGCAGCGCCGGCUCCGCGUCGCGCAAAUCCGGCUCUCGCACGACGGCCAACGCCUCUGUUCAGUCUGGGCCUGCGGACACGGGAUACUCGUUCCGUAUCCAGAAGCGUGGGACUGGCGGUGCGGGAGAGAAGCUGGGGAGUUCUGCGCAUCGGUCUCGGGGGAGUGAUGAUUCGGGACGCAUGAUUAUUCAUAAGACGACGGAUACCACGAUUGAGUUUGACGAGUAGGGGCGUCUGGUUGCUUGGGUUAGCGUGCGUUGUACAGUAAUGUCCUUUUUGGAGGUGGGUCUGGUGCUAGGAUCACAGCGAUAUGAACGCGUCGUUGUUGGUGAGAAUAUAGUCUGGGAAUAUCCGCGCGUAUUUCGUCCGCUUGGAGCUCAUCCCCUCGAAAUCAUCCCCAUCCCCUUUGAACCCCCUCUAACGGAGUGGUCAUCGU